CUUCCCUUUUACACCCCCGUGAUGAGAUCCUAGCCCUACAGAAAAAGUAUUAUAUAAAAGUCCACGAACGCCUCACGUACACUGCUGAUUUACAUUACAAACCAGAACAUGAAAUUUCUCGUAUUAAUAUUCUUUGUGGCAUUUGGAGGAAUUGCCAAUGGUUGUAAUCUGGACGGCGUUUUACAAUGCUGGAGUCAAUCCUCAAUAGCAAAAGUCCUCGAGAAAUUCUCCUCAGAAGCCUCUCUGAGGACCUUGAAUGCCCAGUACGCUGUCGAUGAGUACUGUAGUGCCCAGUCAAAGUUGGAGCAAUGUAUGGGGGAGUUUAGGAGUAAGUGUACCUCGGGGGAUACCCUGACUCUGGAUACAGCGAUAUCCGCCGGGAAAUUCCUCUGUUCAGAGGGAAAGCAAGACUUUGUGAACCAUUUCCAUUGUCUCAUGUCGACGUCAUUUCAAACCAACACACAGACAUGCAUGAGUGACGUCAUGGAGCUAACCACAAAUGUUAGCAACGCCAAAGUUCAAGGUCAAGACAUAUCUAAAGAAAAGUGCAGGUCUGCAGAUAGAGCUUUUGAAUGCAUCGAGGAGAAGACCUCUGUAUCGUGUGGGGAAACAGCGAAGGAGUUCAUCCAUCACUACGUGGGGGCCACCCUCCAACCGCUGAUGAAGGACGUCACGUGUAAUCAAAGCCACACAUCGACGGAGACCUCCCCCCACCCCACGGGCACCUGCUCCGAGUACUGCUACAAGUACCCGGAGAGUUCGGACACUCCCGUCUUAGAAAGUACCAAAAGAAACAUGGACGGCUGGUGCACCGAGAACUGCCGCCUGGGGAACUGUCCCCCCACCCUGUGUACAUGUGACUGUCGCGUCCCAACCCAGGUCCUGGUCUGUAAACCCGACCCCUCAAAGUUUGGUCCACGGGAUGACGGGGUCAAGUGGUGCCUGAACACCUGUAGGGCGGGUCACUGUCCCCGGGACUACUGUCAGUGCCACAUCCUGUACCGUCAACAGCCCAGACCUGUCACAGAGGGACUGUAAGGAUCAGCGGGCCAUUGCUACAGAUCUAGUGUCUCUGCCGCAAAUGUCAGUUUUUUGGACCGUUUUUUAAUGAAAUGCAACAUGCUUUUACUAUCAUCAAUAUGGUGCUGCUUUUUAUUUCACACCAUGAUAUGUUUGGUAUAAUUGAUGCAUGUGUCAACGUUUUACGCCCAUCGCGCAUCGCUCAUUUUAAGAUGCUCAAAAGGCGAUUUUCAAAGGAGUCCAGUUUUCAUGGAUUUGCUGAUAAAUAAAAUCAAAUUCGUUGGACCUAUCAAAGAUCAUCAAAGAUUAGUAUUUGUAGAGGCAUGCGUGUGUUUGUAAACGUUUACGGUAUAUAUAUAUUGAUAACAAUGAAAUCCAGGCUUCCACAUUAUAACUUUGAAUUGUACAGUUUGAUGGCUAAUAAAUAUA